UUAAUAUUUGUGUUCAAAAAAUGUAAAAUUUUUAUCCAAACUAAACAAUACCUCUAUGUUGAAUUUCCACUACUUACUUCAUUACUUUUUUUUUUUUUUUCUGAUUGUAAUCUUUUUUUUCUUUCUUGAUGAGGCAUUUUUCAAUUUUCAUUAAUCCCAGGGCAAAAAAGAAACGAAAAAGAAGAUUAUUUUGGCCCCAUUUCUUUCAGCCAGAAAGAACCAAAACAAUAACGCUGUUAUUUCCAUCCAUUCAAUUCAUCCAUUUGAUGGUGGACUCAUCCCAACACACACCAAAAACAGCGUAAACAAACGAACAUAAAGAAGAAUUGCAGACGCUCUUCACUUUUCUCCGUUGUUUGAAGAGUUUCUCUCUUCCAAGCUCUGUUAAUCCCAGAGUUCCAUUAGAGAGAAACUCACGAAUUCAUUCAUCAUAAAAAAAAAAAUCCCUCUUUGUAGCUGUUGAAUUUGGUUCAGAAGAAGGAUGGAUUUGGCCUCAAAGCUUCAGCUAAUCGACUUGCGUUCAACUUUCCUCACCGGACAUCCACAAAGAGCCGCCGCCCUCCGCCAGUUUCAUCGCCCUGUUCUCCCCACCGCCACUACUUCCCUCAAGACCGCUCCUUUUUGUAGUUUAUCACCCAAAACCUCGGCUAAAUUACACGCUGUGGCAGUGGAGACUGCGGAAACCGAAGUGAAAGAAGAGAUAGAGUCCCUUUUUUCGAGUAAUUCGGAGAGUGAAGUAGAUUAUAAGCGUUUUAAUAAGCAGUCAGGUAGUGGGGCGUCGAGUGUUUCAUCCGGGAUUAAGCUAGAAAAUAUAAGUAAGAGUUAUAAGAACGUCACUGUGUUGAAAGAUGUUAGUUGGGAGGUGAAAAAAGGGGAGAAAGUUGGAUUAGUAGGUGUAAAUGGAGCAGGGAAAACUACCCAAUUGAGAAUUAUAUCCGGUUUAGAAGAACCCGAUUCAGGGAAUGUGAUUAAGGCCAAGCCUAAUAUGAAAAUCUCGUUCUUGAACCAAGAAUUUGAGGUUUUAGGGUCUAGGACUGUGAAGGAAGAGUUUAUGAGUGCAUUUACGGAGGAAAUGCAGGUUGCUGAGAGGUUAGAGAAAGUGCAGAAGGCUAUAGAGAAAAGUGUAGAUGAUUUGGAGCUGAUGGGAAGGUUAUUGGAUGAGUUUGAUUUGUUGCAGAGAAGGGCACAGGCUGUGGACUUGGAUGAGGUUGAUGCUAAGAUUAAUAAGUUGAUACCUGAACUUGGUUUUCAACCUGAGGAUUCAGAUAGACUUGUGGCUUCUUUCAGUGGUGGAUGGCAGAUGAGAAUGUGUCUUGGGAAGAUUCUUCUGCAGGACCCAGACUUAUUACUGUUGGAUGAACCUACAAAUCACCUUGAUCUAGACACGAUCGAAUGGCUUGAAGGAUAUCUCCAGAAGCAAGAUGUGCCGAUGGUCAUUAUAUCUCAUGACAGGGCUUUUCUCGACCAAUUGUGUACCAAAAUUGUGGAAACAGAUAUGGGUGUUUCUAGAACAUUUAUGGGAAAUUACUCUGAUUAUAUUAUUUCGAAGGCAGAAUGGGUUGAAACUCAGCUUGCAGCAUGGGAGAAGCAACAAAAAGAAAUUGAGCAGACAAAGGGACUGAUAAACAGGUUGAGUGCGGGAGCCAAUUCAGGACGUGCAUCUACAGCUGAGAAGAAGUUGGAGAAACUUCAAGAUGAGGAACAGAUUGACAAGCCUUUCAUUCGGAAGCAAAUGAAGAUUAGAUUCCCGGAGCGCGGGAGAAGUGGACGUUCUGUUGUAACAAUAAAGAAUCUGGAGUUUUCCCAUGGGGAUCAGAUGCUGUUUAGAAAUGCAAAUUUAAUGAUAGAAAGGGGAGAGAAAAUUGCCAUUAUUGGUCCAAAUGGAUGCGGUAAAAGUACCUUGCUUAAAUUGAUUAUGGGUCUGCAUAAGCCAGAUAGAGGUGAAGUGCUUCUUGGGGAGCAUAAUGUGUUGCCCAACUAUUUUGAGCAGAACCAGGCUGAGGCACUUGAUUUAGAGAAAACAGUGCUUGAGACUGUAGCUGAAGUUGCUGAGGACUGGAGGUUGGAUGAUAUAAAGGGUCUUCUUGGGCGUUGCAAUUUCAAAGCUAAUAUGCUUGAUAGGAAGGUUUCCUUCUUGAGUGGUGGCGAGAAGGCUCGACUUGCCUUUUGCAAGUUUAUGGUGAAGCCUUCAACACUGCUUAUCCUGGAUGAACCAACAAAUCAUUUGGAUAUACCAUCAAAAGAGAUGCUUGAGGAGGCAAUAAAUGAGUACCAGGGAACUGUCAUCACUGUAUCCCAUGAUCGGUACUUCAUAAAGCAAAUUGUUAACAGAGUGCUGGAAGUGAAGGAUGGACAUUUGGAAGACUACAAUGGAGAUUACAAUGUAAGUGUUCUUACCAACACUUUGGGAUUGCCAAUUUUAACCCGAUUCUGCAGUUAUUUUCUGGGAAACUCCAGUUCCUUAGGGGUUUGUUUCUUAAGUAGCGUUGCGUUGUUUUAUUAUCCUAAAAUUUACACAGAGGAUGACUUGAACGAAAACCGGAGAUCUUUCUUGGACCUCAUUCUCAUUAAAUUCCCAUUUUCGGCUAACUAUAGUCAUGAAUCUUUGAAUUUGCAUUUUGCAGUAUUACCUUGAGAAGAACCUCGAAGCAAGGCAAAGAGAACUUGAACGCGAAGCAGAACUUGAAGCCAAGUCCCCUAAGGCAAAGGCCAAAUCUAAGAUGUCCAAGGCUGAGAAGGAAGCUAGGAAGAAGCAGAAAAUGCAGUCAAUUCAAGCCGCAAAGCAGAAGUCCAAAGGAACAAAGAAUGCUAAAAGAUGGAACUGAAAUAUAGUGAAAUAGUUCUACAGAAUUAAUAUAUUACCCUGUAAAAAGUCCUGGAAAGGAUGCAUUUCAAUUAUCUUUUCCAUUCUGUAUAUAACAAUGAAAUAGAAUAGUGAUUACAUUUUGACACAGCUGAUGAACAUAUAUUAUGAUCUACUAUAUAGUAGAUCCUACUACUUGAUGGAUGAAGAUUCGGUAAUUGCUGUAGACUGUAAAGAUUAACUACAGUCUACAAAUUCAACCCUUCAAAAAAAAUAACAUAUAAAAAAUACUAGAAGUGUGGAAUCUAGUAUAUACAAAAAUUCGAGUAUUUUCUAUUUUCCGAGAUCAUUAUCAUAUUUGUAAGUUGUACUAAUAUAUGUUAUAAAACCGCUAUGGGUGCUUCCAGACGUUUUAAAAAUUGAAAUAUGUAGUAAUGCAAUUAAGGUAUCUUAGAGAUGAGGUAGAAGAAG